GAAAACAUAAAAGAGUCUGCUAAGACUAAACUUUCUAAAGCCUCACCACUCGUAAACUUUGAUUCAAUGUAUUUUAACGCCAAUUGUUCUUUGAUAUAAUAAAGAUGGAGGAUAAUGAUGGUGGAUCUCUCGCAGCUCUCUGGCUUGUGGUUGUCGCUAUACUCUGGGGAGGAACUAACCCAUUCUUGAAGAGAGAGGGCGCUGGCAUUGAGUCGGUGAAACACAAGAAUGCUGUCGUGCAAUUCUUGUUCGAGAUGAAGCAUCUUUUCUUGAACUGGAAGUAUCUAUUGGCGUUCCUGAUCAAUCAAAGUGGAUCUGUCGUCUAUUACCUUACUCUUGCUUCUGCAGACUUAUCAAUGGUAGCCCCGAUUACAAAUUCCCUUACAUUUAUUGUCACAACAUUGACAGGCAAGAUUCUGGGAGAGAGGAUCGGAGGAACAGAAACAUACAUUGGAAUGGGGCUGGUGAUAAGUGGAGUAACGAUAUGCCUGAUGGAUAAGACCUGACACCGUUCUAGUAGUCUGUACUUUACUAUUGAUCACUUUGGGCAAGGUCUUACUGAGCAGGAUGAAUAUGAUGCUAUUGUGGUCCGUGGCAUGAAAGUUCGACGGGACAUGUGGUAAUGGAUUCAAAUCUCAGAAGGCUCUUUCGUUGAUAUCAACCUCGCAAAGGAGAUGCAAGUUGGCUCAUGUGGUAUUUCACUAGUCUGCAGUCACAGACCCUGAUUGCAAACUCUUAUCAAUAAGUGGGUCUUCCCACGAGACUAAGAUAAAGAAAACUUUCUGUUUCAACGAGAGGGAUCUUCAAAUCUUCAUGAAAACUUACAGGGAUAGAGCUGUUUUGUCAGUUGCGUCUCAGCUUUGGAAUUCUUUACCAAUCCAACUUUGUAAUUGUAACAACUUUGAGACCUUCAAUUCUGAACUAAUUUACACCCAUCUUUUCCAACAACUUUGUGAAUAAUGUGUGACAUAUUGGGGAGCCAAUGACUUUAAAUGUUUUUUUUUGUAGAUAAAUAGCGCGAUACAAAUGCUGUUCAACACCAUCAUCAUCUUUUGUACACAAGUUACUGGCAGUGACAGACCACUUUCCUUGAUUGAAGGGUUUGCACAGCAGACUCACAAGCAUCAAUCAGCCUUAUGCAU